UGAUAGGAUGGAUUCCUUUCUCAGAAAAGGAAGAGACUCUAGAGCACAUAUUCUCUCUUUCUCUCUCUCUCUCUCUCUCUCUCCCUCCCUCCCCUCAGAGCAAAAGUCAUGUGAGGAUACAGGGAUUAGGUAGCCACCUAAGCCAUCUACAAGUCAGAAGAGAGGCCUCACCAGAACCCAGUCCUGUUGCCAGCUUGAUCUUGCUUGGACUUCUGGCCUCCAAAACUGUGGGAAAGUGAAUUUCUGUUGUUUAACCCACCCAUGCUGUGAUGUUUUGUUAUAACAGGCUGAGCUAAUUCAUACAUACUUGGUCCUCAUUGGAAAAAUGAAAUUAUUGGUCCACCGCUGCCGCCUCCUUCUUCUGCCGCUCCUGGUGCUGCCUGUGUGCUCGUCCGCUGCGGACCUGGUACCUCUUUUGUGACUCCGGUGCUCGCCAUGGCCGACAAAAAUCCCAAGGAAGGAGUCAAGACUGAGAACAAUCAUAUUAAUUUGAGGGUGGCGGGGCAGGAUGGUUCUGUGGUGCAGUUUAAGAUUAAGAGGCAUACACCGCUUAGUAAACUAAUGAAAGUCUAUUGUGAACAACAGGGUUUGUCAAUGAGGCAGAUCAGAUUCCGAUUUGAUGGACAGCCAAUCAAUGAAUCAGACACACCUGCACAGUUGGACAUGGAGGACGAAGAUAGGAUUGAUGUGUUCCAGCAGCAGAAGGGCAGUGUCUACUGAAAUGGGAACCCGCUGCUUUCCUCCAGAACUCCGCCCUUACAGACCAAGAGCACAUUCUCAACUAGAAAACCGCGACUGGGUUCCAUCUCAUCCUGACUACUGCUGCGCAGUUCUCUCUAUUCUUUCAUUUAUUUCCCCUCCCCAUUCCUUUAUUGCACAUAGCAUAUUGCAUUUUUUCUUUUCUUUCUCUCUCCUUUAUUUUUUUAAACUAAAUGGCCAAUGGUAUGCUUUGAUUGACAUCAAAUGGAGAUGGAAUGGGGAAAAAACCCUGGUUCUGUGAAAAUAUCCCCUUUCUCCACGAGUGGCAUGCUCAUUCAGCUCUUAUCUUUACAUUCCAGUAAGUUAUUUUGCUCUCACUGUUUUAACAACAACAAAAAACCCAACAACAUAAAAAUCCUUGCAUACCUUGAUUGAUUGGAGAAUUUUAAUGUUUUUCAUUGAUCAUUAUAAAACCAAGGACAAUUUUAUAACUUUUUUGUACAUAGCUGUUCCAUGUAGGGCAAUCUGUCUUUAAGUAGGGGUAAAUUACUCUGAAAAAAUGAAUCUUACAUAAUUUUCCUUUCGAGUCAAGCGUCUUGUUGGUUAAAUAAACUUCUUGUUUAAAAAAAGGAAAAAUGAAAUUAUUUCCUUCCCAUGCCACUAAUAAAAGCCAAUUACAUACGUACUAAAGAUUUAAGUAUGAAAACAAAACUUGAAAUGAAAACUUAUGGUAGACAAUGUAAGUUAUAGUUA